UUUUUGCUAUGAAGAAGAACACCGCCAUGUUAACUUUCGAUACACACACACACUCUUCAGUGUUCUUGUCUUUUGAUCCACUUGCAAUACAAUAAUAAUGAACAAUACGCUACAACUUUUUAACAAACUAAUCAAUACGUUACAUUACUUUAAAUGCAACAAAUUUGUGCCUUCUUCCUUAGUAGUAAGAAAUAUGGCCACUAUAAAACGAUUUUAUAGAAGAACAAAUAUACUUUCAAAUGGUGGCAAGUUUGAGAUUACAUUGGAUCAGAGGAAGCUGAAGACACCUCAAGGUAGAAUAUUUGAAGUAAAUAGCGAACCAUUAGCUUUGGCUGUGGCUGCUGAAUGGGAUGCACAGAAGGAGACCAUUGACAGAGGAAGUAUGCACUUGACAUCUCUGUGCAACACUGUGUUGGAUAAUCCACAUAAUUACACCAAGACAGAUCUAGUCAAUCACAUAGUAAACUGCUUAGAAACGGAUACAGUUUUAUUUUAUUCCAGUGAGGUGGAUGAAUUAUAUCAAUUACAAGUAAAAAAGUGGGAUCCUAUAAUUCGUUGGUUUUGUGAACAUUAUGAUGUGGAUAUUGCAGGAACUCAAACUAUAGAAGCUCCUACUGUGUCCACAGAAACCAAAGCUGCGUUAACAAGACACUUAUUGUCGCAUAAUUUUAAUAGUAUUUAUGGUCUUGUAUAUGCAGUGGACGGUUUAAAAUCAGUCAUUCUGACUCUUGCCACGGCUGCAAGAGUGAUUAAUAUUCCGGAAGCUGUUAGUCUUUCGCGACUAGAAGAGGAAUUUCAGAUCUCUCACUGGGGCAACGUCGAAUGGCAUCACGAGUACAGCAAACAUGAUUUACAAACGCGUUUAUCGGCGGCAAUGUUAUUUGUAUACUUGAACUCUCAUUCCGCCACCUCGCGACCCAAAACUAACACACCCCUGAUUUAAGUUAAAUCUCGGAGAGAUUGCUACGGUCAAUAGAAAAUUCAUAGAUAAUAAAAUUUGUAAGAACAACGUGCUCUCACUGUUUAUAACACCAUCUGUAACAUCGAUGUCGAUCAGUUAUUUUAUUUGCGCUAAGUAAUAAGAGCUGAGACACAAUAGUUGUCUCUUUUCUUAUGCGGAUAAAAUUAGUCCUAGCGAAUCAUGCUGGAAUAGAACAAUCUGGUCCAACCCACUCUUUUGUACAAAUACAACUGUGAAAAAAACAUAUGUUAAAUAAAUAAUUACGCGUAGAGUAAUUACAUCGUG